UUAUGUUCUGCAUGAUUUUUGGGAAAAUUCUGUCCAGUCACUACAGUUCUGGAAUCUGGACCUUCUGGCUUUCUGUUUUAAUUUCUGUUUAGUUGCACAAGGCAUUUAUCAGAACUUGGAUUUCUUUUGGUUAAAAAUAUUUGAAAGCUCUUCCAACUCUUGAAAAUGGACCUUUUUUCCGCGUUGUUUGGAUCGGCUCCUGAACCAGAACCAGUAAUCCACUCCCGAACCCUGCUCAGCAUGUUCAUCUCUUGGAUUUUUCGCGCCUUCAUUACGAUUGCUGUAUUAAUCGCUGUUUUGGUUAUCGCGUGGCAAAUUAUCAAGUACUUUUUUUUCCGCCAAGUGCCUAACGUGGUGCGACCUGAAUAUACGGAUCUUGUGGAUAGGAUUCGGCAGUGGUUCAACAUUCAGCACAUCCGUGACGUACCAGCGGCAAAUCAACAGCGUCCUCGUCAUGAUGCAGACAGUAACUGUCCCAUAUGCCUGUUGGAUCCGGCGGAAAUGCCGAUUCAGACCAACUGCGGACAUGUAUUUUGUGGGAAUUGCAUUGUAACAUACUGGAGACAGGGAACGUGGGGAAACGAUGGCGUGAAGUGCCCGGUGUGUCGUCAGAAAGUGACACUCUUGAUGCGGGAUAUGCGGCCGGGAGUGGUCAUGCCGCCUGAUAGUGAUCGUGCUGCGGAGAUCGAGGAAGAUAUUCGCCGCUACAAUCGGCGAUUUUCAGGCGAACCUCGAUCGUGGCUGGAAAAGCUGCGCGAUCUGCCGAGCAUUCUGCAGCAUUUCACGCAGAAUCUCACCUUUGGAAAUGGGCUGGGGUUGAUUUUUCGCAGCCGCAUGGUUAUUUAUAUUAUUCUUUUCCUGGCCUAUUUCAUUCUGCCUUUCGACUUGUUGCCUGAAUCGUUUCUAGGGAUUUUUGGAUUUGCUGAUGAUUUUAUCGCGCUAACUAUGCUGCUGACGCAGCUAGCUCAGAUCUGGAGAAAUGUUGUUGUCCGUGAUGAGUUAUAAUUUGGGAAUAUCUUCUUCCAGCAGUCUUGCAACCUUUCGACACCCAGACGUUGGAGAUCAUUUACUUUUACUGUGUAGCAGUUUAUUCAAUAUUUUAUUGUGCAGUCUGAUACGAUAAUGCGUCCCAGAUUUUACUGUUUUAGAAAUUUUGUUUGAUUGCUUUUAAACACGUUGUUGCAAUUGUCGAAUGCUCAGGAGCCUUAACUUUGUUUUUGUUGCUGAAAAAUUUUUUGGUUAGCUUGUAAAAUUUUUGCUUGUACUGACUGUAAAAAAUGUUAGGUG